GCUGGUGUUACACAGAAACCUGUCCCCCUGUCUGCCGCCGGCUGGUGUUCUCCGUUAUCAUGGCCAGUGUGGUGUGCGCCAGAUUCCUCUUCCAGAGAUCAAAACAGGGGCUUCUCCUCUCCUCCAGGGCAGUGCCCGCUUUCUCAAGCCCGUUUCUGUCUCGUGCACAUAGAUUGGUUCCCAGUGAUGAUGAAAUGUACCAGCGUACCACGGUGUCUGUCAUGCAGAAGGAGCCGGGCAGUGGGAUCAUGAUCCACACCUACAGUUCCCAAGGAUUCAACAUUGACGGCAACAAGGUGAUUGGGCCGUGCGCUGUGCUGCCUCCUGCUAUCCUCCAGUGGAAUGUUGGCAGUUAUAAAGACAUCACAGAAGAAAGUGUCUCACUUUUCCACAUGCUUGAACCAAGGAUAGAGAUUCUUGUGCUGGGCACAGGCGCACGGCUUGAACGAAUCAACCCCUCGGUGCUGGCUCUGCUCAGGAGUAAAGGCAUCGCUGUGGAGGUGCAAGACACGCCAAAUGCAUGUGCAACCUUCAACUUCCUGACUAGUGAGAAAAGAGCGGCGGCUGCAGCUCUGAUCCCUCCUCCCAUCAGCACGGCACUGGAAGUGACACAGGAAUAAGUAUUGGGAUGUCAACCAGACUCAGACUGAUUUCUGCAGAUGGACGUCAAGAGGUUGAUGAAUGAUUCCCGGCCUGUGGCAUGCUUAUUGUACUUCACCACAAAGCUUCCAAAGGAACAAACUCAGUGACGUCCAGCUCUGAAGAAACUAUCCCUGUAUUUGGUCACAACUGUUAUUUUUGGGGCAUUAAGGUGUUAAAAGCAUCCAUUGUCACCCAGAGAUCUGAGCAGGGAGCUGGCUACAAUUUGAGAUUCUGACAAUAGUUUCAGGCAGUCACUUUCUACAUGCUAGUUCUCAAGUGUUCUAACAAAUGCUCUUAAAUCUAGGUGGAGAAGUGAGUGCGAGUGCUCUUGAGUGUACACAAAGUGCAAGUGCUCAGGUGAUUGUACUGAAGUGAGGACACCCACGAUGAAGAAUUAAGACUGUAAUGAAGUGUAACAAUAUUCUUGUGUAGACAUGCUGUGUUAUGUGUAUGAAAUAUAUAUUUAAAAGCUUUCUAUGCAACAAACAAUAACUUAAGUGUCAAGAAUUUUGUGUUUUCACGCUAAGCAUAAAUGUAUAAUAACACCAACAUGGUAAAAUUGUUAAGACAUGCAGAACGUCACUAUUGUCUGUGCAGCAGAAAAGAAAAAAUAAAUAUUCUUUUGUAUGAAUAUG